GAAAAGACGUGGGUGGAAAUGAGCGCGCAACACAAAGUGAAAAUUUAACCGAAAGAAGUGCCAAAACGAGAAAAGAAAAUUAAUUCAUAAUUCAAAUUACCAAAAUCGCCAAUAUCGUAUUAAACUACAGAAAUUCUACCAUCUCUUCUAAAACCAUCAUUUGCGGAGGGAAAGGAGGAGAAAGAUCGUAAACAAGCAAAUAGAGUGAAAAAUAAAUAAAAAUUCAAUUCACGGCGAUUGUGUGCGUGUAACAGAAAGGGAAACAAGGCAAGAAAGAGAGCGACGCGAGAACGGGAACGAGAUAGAAACAUACAAGAAUACACCUAUAGUUUUUUUUUUGUCUGCCCAAGGAUAUUGACAUAAAUCAUUCACGCUGGAUUUGGGAUACUACGAGGCUGUCAAAGCAUCACAAUAUGAGCCCGGUGGCUAUUCAACGCUUCAGGGUUCAUCGAAUCGAAAUUCUGCCAAUAUGACCCAACGUGAUGGCAUUAUUAAGUUUGAAAAUGAACGGAUUAAGACUCUGCAGGAGGAACGUUUACACAUACAGAAGAAAACAUUUACAAAAUGGAUGAAUUCGUUUCUGAUCAAGGCCAAAAUGGAGGUCGAAGACCUAUUCACAGAUCUAGCCGAUGGCAUCAAGUUACUUAAAUUGCUUGAGAUUAUAUCGUCGGAGAAACUGGGAAAACCGAAUAGCGGACGCAUGCGUGUACAUAAAAUCGAAAAUGUCAACAAGAGUCUGGCAUUCUUGCACACCAAGGUGCGCUUGGAGUCAAUUGGUGCUGAGGAUAUUGUCGAUGGUAAUCCCAGAUUGAUUUUAGGUCUAAUAUGGACAAUCAUUUUGCGAUUUCAAAUUCAGGAAAUUGAAAUCGAUGUUGAUGAAGAAAACGAAUCCAGUGAGAAACGUUCAGCCAAAGAUGCUCUACUAUUGUGGUGCCAACGGAGAACGCAUGGCUAUCAGGGUGUUAAUAUCACGGACUUUACAUCAUCAUGGCGUUCCGGUUUGGGUUUCAAUGCGCUCAUCCAUUCACAUCGUCCCGAUCUGUUUGAAUACAGUACGAUUGUCAAUUCGAAAAAUUCCAAUUUGGAUAAUCUAAAUCAUGCCUUUGAUACGGCAGCCAAUGAAUUGGGCAUACCAAGUCUGCUCGAUGCUGAGGAUGUUGACUCGCAACGGCCCGAUGAGAAAUCGAUCUUGACCUAUGUGGCCUCAUACUAUCACACCUUUGCACGCAUGAAGAACGAACAGAAGAGCGGCAAGCGUAUAGCGAAUAUUGUGGGCCAACUUAUGGAUGCAGAUCGCAAGAAAAUGCAAUAUGAACGUCUUACCACCAAUCUAUUAAGCUGGAUACGACAAAAGACAUUGGAACUGGAGCAGCGUAAUUUACCCAAUUCAUUGGAGGGCAUUCAACGUGAACUAUUGGCCUUUAAGGAAUAUCGCACCAUUGAGAAACCACCAAAAUACAAAGAGCGUAGCGAAAUCGAGGCUCUAUACUUUACGGUUAACACUCUGCUGAAGGCUUUGAAUCAACCACCUUACAAUCCUCAAGAGGGUCAACUGGUAAAUGACAUUGAGAAGGCCUGGCAAAUUCUCGAGUAUGCCGAACACAAUCGUGAGGUGGCCCUGCGUGAAGAGCUCUUGCGUCAGGAGAAAUUGGAACAACUUAACUAUAAGUUCGAAAAGAAAUCUGUGCUCCGUGAGGGUUAUCUGAAGGAGAUGAUUCAAGUUUUAUCCGAUCCGCGUUAUUUGCGUCAGGUCGAUGCCACAUUGAAGAAACAUGAGGCCAUCUCGGCAGAUAUUCUGGCACGUGUGGAACGAUUCAAUGAUCUGACAGCCAUGGCCAAUGAAUUGGAGAAGGAGAACUAUCAUGGCAAGGAACGUGUAAAGAAACGUGAACAAGAGGUCAUGGAAAAGUGGCGCAAGUUGUUGGAGCUUUUGGAGAAUCAACGUUUGAAUUUAUCCCAGAUGAGCAAUCUAAUGAAUUUAUUGCGAGAGAUUGCCAGUACCACAGAGUUGGUGAGGGAACUGCAACAGCAAUUUGCCUCCGAGGAUGUGGGUCCACAUUUAUUGGGUGUCGAGGAGUUGCUGCAGGCGCACUCCUUGCAAGAAUUGCAGGUUAAUACCUACGGCGAGACUCUAAAGCGUUUCAAUCGCCAGGCACUGCCCUACAAGAACUCUGAGCACAAGGAUGCUGCUUUGCUGGCCACCCGAUUGGCAGAAUUGGAGAAGGCAUAUUCAGAACUGCUGAAGCGUUCGGCUGAUCGUCGUGCCCGACUGGAGGAGGCUCGUAAUUUCCAUCAUUUCAUGGAGGACUAUGACAAUGAGGAGAGUUGGCUAGUGGACAAACAACGCAUAUGCAAGACAGGCAUCACUGCCAAGGACUUGAGGGCUGUGCUCUCCCUGCAACAGAAACACAAGGCUCUUGAGGAUGAGAUCAAGUCACGUAAACCGAAAUCAUCCCAAAUGUCGGACGCUGGCAAGCGUUUGAUCGGUGAGAAACAUCCACGAGCAAGUGAGAUCCAAAGUCGUAUUGAUUCUCUGGCCGAACACUGGCAAGCCCUAGAAGCUCUGGUCGAGCUAAGACGACGCCAACUGGAAGAUGCCGCCGAGGCUUAUCAAUUCUACACCGAUGCCAAUGAGGCCGAGUCGUGGUUGAAUGAGAAAAUGGCUUUGGUUAAUUCAAAGGAUUAUGGCAACGAUGAGCCUUCGGCUCAGGCUCUACUCCAGCGUCAUAGGGACUUGCAAGGAGAGCUCAAUGCAUAUUCGGGAGAUAUUCUCAAUUUGAAUCAGCAGGCUGACAAACUGAUCAAGGCUGGCAUAUGCACAUUGGAGCUGUCGGCCGUCGAACCGGAUCUACCCGAAGUCGAGCAAGAAGAGUGGGUGAAUGAGACAAGAUUGGUGCCCAAAGAGGUUUGGGAGGAUGAAUGGGUGGAGAAAUUGGAGCACAAGAAGGUAACCGAAACGAAAAUGUUGCCCCAUGUCAAAUCUCUGUUUCCAUUCGAGGGUCAGGGCAUGAAAAUGGAUAAGGGUGAGGUAAUGCUUCUCAAAUCCAAGACCAACGACGAUUGGUGGUGCGUACGCAAGGAUAAUGGACACGAAGGCUUCGUGCCGGCCAACUAUGUGCGAGAGAUUGAGCCACGUCCAGUAGCCUGCAUUGUGCCCAAGGCAGAGAAGGUCAAAUCUUUGCAGAAGGUAAAGAAAACCAUUCUUGUGCGUCAAGUGGUGCCAGUGAAGAGAAUCAAGCCGGUUAGUGUUGCACCCAAGCCACUUGUGCAACGGCGAACCUCCAAUCAGAGCAUCAACGAGAAUGCUGAUAGCGUUGAAAAGCGCCAGCAGAGAAUUAAUGCCACCUACGAUCAAUUGCAAGAGAUGGCCCAAAAGCGACAUGCCCUGCUCGAGGAUUCCAUUCAUCUGUUUGGCUUCUAUCGCGAAUGCGAUGACUUUGAGAAGUGGAUGAAGGAGAAGGAACGCAUGAUCAAGUCCGAUGAUGGCGAAGGCGUUGAAAACGCUAAACGUAAAUUCGAGAAAUUCAUCACCGACCUCUCAGCGGCCUCUAAGCGUGUGGAGGAGAUCGACGGUGCCGUGGACACAUUCCGUCAUCAGGGUCACUCACAGCUGGAUAAGAUCAUAGCUCGUCAGCGUCAAAUUCAUCAGAUCUGGCAGCGACUCAACCAUGCCAAGGCACAGCGGGAAAAGAGUCUCGAAGGUGCCUCAAGUGUAGAGCUUUUCAAUCGCACCUGCGACGAGGCUAAGGUCUGGAUGAGCGAGAAGAUGUUGCAAUUGGAUACAGCAGUCAUCACUCCAGACCUGAAAACCGUUCAGGCUUUGCAGCGUCGUCAUCAGAAUUUGGAGCGUGAACUGGCCCCAGUGGAAGACAAGGUCAAUCGGGUCAUCUAUUUGGGUAACUCGGUGAAGAAUGCGUACCCCGCCGAACGUGACAAUGUCAAUGCCAGACAGCAGGAGGUCCAGGACAUGUGGCAACAGGUACAACAGCGUGGCAAUGAUCUACGUGCCCGCAUCGAAAGCGAGGUGGGUCAACAGAUCUUCAACAACAGUGCCAAGACUUUGCUUGCCUGGAUCGAUUCAGUCAAGGAUCAACUUAAUGCCGAUGAAUCUGCCCGCGAUGUAGAGACUGCCAACAAUCUGCUUAAGAAACACAACGACUUGGGCGAUGACAUUCGAGCCCAUGAUACCGAAUUCGUUGAGGUCAUCCAGCUGGGCAAGCAACUGUCCGAUGGCAAGCCUCAUAUGGCCGAAACGGUUGUUGUUAUCGAACGCCUAAAGGCCGAACAGGAUGCCAUCCAUCGUGGCUGGGCGGAAAAACAGAAAUGGUUGCUCCAAUGCGUCGAAUUGCAAAUGUUCAACCGUGAGGCAGACAAAAUCGAUGCCACCACAAAGAGUCAUGAGGCCUUCUUGGAGUACAAUAAUUUGGGCUCCUCGCUUGAUGAGGUGGAAGCCAUUUUGAAGCGUCAUCUGGACUUUGAAAAGAGCCUGAUGGCUCAGGAUAAAAUUCUAAAAGGCUUCUCCGACAAUGCAGACAAAUUAAUUGGCAAUGAUCACUACGAUGCCAAGUACAUUGCCGAACGUCGCAAUCAAGUGUUGGGUAAACGCAAGGCUGUCAAGGAUCGGGCUUUCGAACGUAAACGCCUAUUGCAGGCCUCCAAGGACUAUCAUAAAUUUGCCGCCGAAGCUGAUGAUCUUAAGGUCUGGCUAUUGGACAAGACUAAAAUUGCAGGGGAUGAGAAUUAUCGCGAUCUAACCAAUCUGCCACGUAAGCUUCAAAAGCACAAAGCCUUCGAGCGUGAACUGCGUGCCAAUGAGGGUCAGUUGCGUAAUGUCAAUAAGGAUGGCGAGGAUUUGAUUCAAUCAGGCAAUCGUGUGCCCGAAGUGGAGUCGCGUGUUACGGAUUUGAACAAGAAGUGGAAAGAUUUGCUAACCCUUUCCGAGGAUAAGGGACGCAAACUGGAGCAAGCUGCCUCGCAGCGUGAACAUAAUCGCUCGAUUGAAGAUGCCAAGAAGAAGGUGGAAGAGCUAGAUGUCGCCCUUAAGAGCAAGGAUGUGGGUAACGAUUUGCGUAGUUGCAAAGAUCUGAUCAAUAAGCAGCAAAUUCUCGAAUCGGAAAUCACCAUUUGGGAUCAAAAGGUGGCGGAGCUGGUCUCCACGGGUGACGAUAUGGCCCAUGAGGGUCACUUCAAUGCCAAGAAUAUCAAGGACGAGACCAAGGAGCUGCAGCAACGCUUCAAAGAUCUGCGCGAUCCCACACAGAAACGCCGCGAUAAGCUGGAAGAGAGCUUAAACUAUCACAAAUUUGUAUUCGAAUUGGAUGCCGAAUUCCAAUGGAUCAAUGAUCAUUUGCCGGCAGCCAAGUCCAACGAAUUGGGCCAGAAUCUACAUCAGGCCCAGUCACUGCACAAGAAACACAAGAAACUAGAGGCCGAGAUCAAGGGACACACGCCCAUGAUUAAGAAGGCCUUGCAGUCGGGACAUGCUCUCGUCUCUCAGCAUCAUCCGGAGAAGCAGGCAGUGGAGGCUUUGUGCCAACAAUUGGAGCAGGCCUGGCAGGAUCUGGAACUCCAUUGCGGCGAACGCACGCGCAAACUGGAAAUGUCCCUGAAAGCCCAACAAUAUCUGUUCGACGCCGGCGAGAUCGAGUCCUGGUUGGGUGAACGCAACAAUGCCCUCCGAUCCACCGAAUAUGGACGUGAUCGCGAUUCAGCGGCUAAGUUGCUGACCAAACACAAGACCAUCGAACUGGAGUUGGACACAUAUUCGGGUAUUGUCACCGAAAUGGGGCACACUUGUGCCGCCAUGGUGGCGCAACAUCAUCCGGACAGCAAGGUUCUAUCGGCCAAACAGCAAUUGAUUGAGAAAAUGCUAAAAUCCCUGCACAAGUUGGCCUCGCAGCGACAGGUUCGGCUGAUGGAGAGCUUGUACAAGCACGAGUACUUCAUUGAAUCCGACGAAGUGGAGCAAUGGAUUAGAGAGCAAGAGCAGACAGCUUCUUCGGAGGAUUAUGGUCAAGAUUUUGAACAUUUACAACUGUUGCAGAACAAAUUCGAUGAUCUGAAACAUCGCGUUGAGGUCGGAGCAGAUCGUGUCGAUCAGUGUGAAAUGCUGGCCAAAAAACUGAUCGACUCGGAGAGUCCCUAUGCCAACGAGGUUGAAAAGAGACAGGAACAACUAAGAACGUCUUGGGAGAAUCUGCUUCAAUUACUCAAUCAGCGUGAACAGAAAUUGCAUGCUGCCGGCGAAAUUCAUAGAUUCCAUCGCGACGUGGCUGAAGCCCUAUUCCGCAUACAGGACAAAAAUGCCGCUCUUUCCUCGGAGCUGGGCAGGGAUUUGAAUUCCGCUUUGGCAUUGCUGCGCAAGCACGAAGGAUUUGAAAAUGAUCUGGUCGCCCUGGAGGCUCAGUUACAGGUCCUGGUCGAAGAUUCAGUGCGUUUACAAGCCAAAUAUCCAUCGAAUGCCACAGCCAUUGCCCAGCAACAGGAGAAAGUGGUGACUGCCUGGAAUGAUUUGAAGGAGCGUUCCACUGCACGUGGUGAUCGUCUGGCGGCCAGUUCCGAUCUGCAGACAUUCCUCACCGAUGUCAGAGACAUUGUCUCUUGGUCAUCGAAUCUGCGUGCCGCUCUCCAAGCUGAGGAACAUGUCAGCGAUGCUGCCGGUGCUACCGCCUUGAAGAUUCAAAAUGAUGCCAUCUAUGGCGAAAUUGAUGCCAGAGAGGAUAAAUUCCGUUAUUUGAAUGAACUAAGCGACUCCAUGGUCCAGACGGGUCACUAUGCGGCCGCCGAUGUAGAAGAGAAGUGUGCCGCCAUGCUGGAUGAACGUCAGAAAUUGCAUGCCGCCUGGAACAAAAAGAAGAUUAUGCUUGAACAAAAGAUCGAUUUGUUCUGCUUCCUUCGCGAUGCCAAAAUAAUUGACGCCUUGUCCAGCUCUCAGCAAGCUGCCCUGACCAGUUCCGACUUUGGCCAGACAGUGGAAGAUGUGCAGAAUCAGAUCAAGAAGCAUGAUGAAUUUGAACGUGUGAUCCAAACGCAAGAGGAGAAGGUGGCCCUUCUGCAAGAGCAUGGCCGCAAAUUGAUCGAACAGCGUCAUUACGACUCUGCCAACAUUCAGACCAUACUCCAAGGUGUGUUGGCCCGUCGCCAGAAGGUCAAGGACUUGUGCGCCGUUCGUAGGUAUAAGCUUGAGGAUGCUUUGCUCUAUGCCAAGUUCGUAAGAGAUUGUGCCGAGGCUGAAUCAUGGAUAAGUGAGAAGCAAAAGAAAUUGGAAGCAGAUGCCGUUAGCUAUGCCGAAGUCACCAACUUGGAUGAGAAGAUCAAGAAACUGCAGAAACAUCAAGCCUUCCAAGCCGAGGUGGCUGCCAAUCAGGGACGCAUCAAGGAGAUCCAGGACACUGGUGUCAUUCUCCUAAGCAAGCAGCAUGAAUCGUCGCCAGAAAUCAAACAGGCCAUCGAACGGGUUCUCAAUGCCUGGCAGGGUCUGCUCGACGAAUUGGAUCAACGUGGUCGUGGCCUAGAGGAAGCCCAAGAUAUUCUUGAAUUUAACAACCAAUUGGAUAAGAUUGAAGCCUGGAUCAGAGACAAGGAAAUGAUGGUUCAGGCCCGUGACACUGGCAGAGAUUUGGAACAUUGCAGCGCCUUGAUGCGUAAACUGGACGACGUUGACUCUGAUAUGCGUGUGGAUGAUCAGCGGGUGAAACAUAUCAAUCAGCUGGCCGAUAAACUAAUCAAUCAGGCUCAACUUCCCGAGGAUACACAGAGUGUGGACAAACGCAGACACGAUUUCAAUCACAAUUGGCGCCAGCUCCAGGGUGCAUUGAAUGCCUAUCGUGCCCUACUGGGUGGAGCCCAUGAGAUUCAUGUGUUCAAUCGGGAUGUGGAUGACACAGCUGAACGAAUUGCCGAAAAGGCAUUGGCCAUGAGCUCAGCCGACACUGGUCGUGAUCUGGCUGCCGUUGAGGCAUUGAUUCGUCGCGAAGAGGCUCUGGAGCGUGACAUGUCCGCUGUGAAGCAGAAGAUCGAUGAACAUGAGACAGCCGCCGAAUUCCUGAUUCGCAAAUAUCCCGAACGUGGAGCUCAGCAUAUUGAAAGGAAACUUGAAGAAUUGCACAAAUCAUGGGGUAAUCUACAAGAUUUGUCAGUCAAGCGGCAGAGUGUACUCAAUGAAGCCUAUCUGGUGCACAAGUUCGUGUCUGAUGUAAGGGAACUUGAACUCUGGGUGAACGAUAUGGUCAAGAAAAUGAACAAUGCCCAGGCUCCGUCCACCAUUAAUGACUGUGAGACUCAGUUGGAGUUGCAUCAGGAGCGCAAAGUGGAAAUUGAGGGUAGAGAUCCGGCUUUCGCAGGACUUAAGCAACAUGGCGAACAAUUAUCUGGCAAGGACAAGCAAUCGGAGAAUGUCAAGCGUUAUUUGCUUGUACUUGAGGAUCUGCAUCAAACGCUACACGAGGCUUGGAGUGAACGGGCCAGAGACCUAACCGAAGCCCAUCAAUUGCAAUUGUUUAAGGCUCAGGUUGAACAGGUCGAGAUUUGGUUGGCCAACAAAGAGGCUUUCCUCAAUAACGAUGAUCUGGGUGAUUCGUAUACAGCCGUUGAGCGUCUUCUCAAGAAACACGAUGCCUUUGAAAAGCUACUGGACGCCGAUCAUGUGGAUGCCCUACAAAAGUUUGCCAAUAGCAUUCUGGAGAGCGAACCCAAGGAUGCCGAUUUGAUCAGAGAGAAGUUGUCCUACAUUUUGAGGCGUAAACAAAAACUUUUGGAUCUAUCGGAGGAGCGAAAACAACGCCUAGUGCAAUCUUUGCAGUUGCAGGAAUUCUUGCGCAGUCUCUACGAGAUCGAUCGCUGGUUGGUACAGAAACUACAAGUGGCCUUGGAUGAGAACUAUCGCGAGCCCAGCAAUUUGCAAAGCAAAAUUCAAAAGCAUUCGGCUUUCGAUGCUGAACUCUUGAGCAACUCUCCACGCGUCCAGGCUGUAAUCAGUGAGGGCGAGCGUCUGAUUAAGGGCUCCCACUUUGCCAAGGAUGAUAUUGCUCAACAGGUGCAACUCCUGGAGAGUGAUUGGUUGAAACUUAAGGGUGCCUCACAGGCAAAGAAGGAGAAACUACAACAGGCCUACGAUGCCCUGGCCUUCAAUCGCAGUGUGGAUGAGUUCAACAACUGGAUGGAUGACAUCGAACAGCAAUUGUCCAGCGAGGACUAUGGCAAAGACCUGACGACGGUCAGUAAUCUACUGAAGAAACACGAACGCCUGGAGGCAGAUGUGGCUCAUCACAAUGAGUUGGCCGAUCAAUUGAAACUAAAGGACGAACAUUUCUUCCAACUGGAUCAUUUCCUAAAGCACGAAAUUCACGAACGAGCCAUGGCCAGCAUUAAGAGAUACAAUACCCUGCACGAGCCCAUUGCCAUACGGCGAGAGAAUCUCGAAGAUUCACUUAGUCUGCAGCAGUUCUUGCGCGAUGCAGAGGAUGAGUUGCAAUGGUUGGGUGAGAAGCAAUUAGUGGCCGGCUCUCAGGAUUUGGGAAGCAGUCUUCUGGCCGUCCAGGGUCUGCAGAAGAAACAUAAUGCCCUCGAGGCCGAAUUGACAUCGCAGGAGCCGUUGAUUCAAGCUCUUUUGCAGCGUGGCCAACAGAUGAUUCGUGAUAAUCACUUUGCCAGCGAGCAAGUCCAAUAUAAAUCGGAAUUAUUGCAAAAGCAGCUAGUUCAAUUGAGAGAUCUGGCCGCCAUUAGACGCUUGCGCCUUCUCGAUGCCGUUGAAAGUCAACUCUUCUAUGUGGAGGCCAACGAGGCAGAUGCCUGGAUGAAAGAGAAACGUCCCAUUUUGGCCAGCAGCGACUAUGGACGCGAUGAGACCUCCGUGCAGGCGCAUCAAAAGAAACUAGAAGUUCUUCAACGUGAGCUGGCCGCCUUUAAGCCAUCGAUUGACAAGGUCAACAAACUGGCCACAGGCCUCAUUGAACGUCAUCACUUUGAUAGCGCCAACAUUCAGGAGAAGAACGGAACGGUUGCCCAGCAGUAUGCCGAUCUCCUUCGUCUGGCCAAGGAGCGCGAGUUGCGUUUGAGUGAGUGCAAGAAACUGUUUGAGUAUCUGCGCGAAACCGAGGAUCUGCACGAAUGGAUCGGCGAUCAGAUGACAGUCACAGCCAGUGAAGAUUAUGGUGAAGAUGUGGAGCAUGUAGAGCAAUUGAUGGUGGCCUUUGAGUCAUUCGUUUCGAACCUGAAUGCCAACGAAGCCCGAGUCGAUGCUUGCCUGGAGCGAGGCGAUCGUUUGAUUCAAGAGAAUAAUCCCUAUCGCAGUUCCAUUAAGACGAAACGCGAUGAAACCAAACAGUUGUGGGAUGAGCUCAAGGAUUUGGUAAAUGCCCGCCAGGAUGCGUUGGCUGGUGCCAAGCAGGUGCAUGUCUACGAUCGAGUGGCCGAUGAGACCAUCACAUUGAUCAACGAAAAGGAUGCAUCACUCAUCUCUGAGGACUACGGACAGGAUUUGGAGAGUAUUCAGGCCUUGGGACGCAAGCAUUUGGUAUUUGAAUCCGAAUUGGUGGCCAUUAAGGGACAAGUUGACUCUGUUCUGGCCGAAGCCGUCAAACUGGGCGAGAUCUAUCCCGAUGCCAAGGAGCACAUUGAGGUGAAACGUGAUGAAACUGUUGAGGCAUGGACAGACCUAAAGGACAAGACCAAAGCCCGCAAGAGCAAACUCAGUCAGGCCGAGCAAUUGCAGUCGUACUUCGAUGAGUAUCGCGAUCUGAUUGCCUGGAUCAAUGAGAUGUUGGCCAAGAUUACAGCCCCCGAACUGGCCAACAGUGUGGCUGGAGCUGAACUUCUCUUGGCUAGCAUCAAGGAUCAUCAUGCCGAAAUUCGGGCGCGUGAUGAAACCUUUGCCAACUUCACGGCAAAUGGUCAAAAGCUAAUCAAGGAGAAGCAUUUCUUGGCCCACGAGGUUGAGGAUAAGAUUAAGGUUUUGCAAUCCCGUCAUGAACUUUUGGAGCAUACACUACAGCAACGCAAGGAGAUCUAUGAACUGAAUCUGGAUACCCAAUUGUUCCUCAAGGAUGCUGAGAUAUUGGAGCAAUGGAUCAGUAGCCGUGAGCCUCAACUGAAGGACUCUAAAUUGGGUGACUCUAUACCACAAGUUGAGGAUCUUUUGCGACGCCACGAGGACUUUGAAAAAACGGUGGCCGCCCAGGAGGAGAAAUUCCAAGCCAUUAAGCGCAUCACACUCCUCGAGCAGCGUUUCCGCAAGCAGCAAGAAAACGAAAAAUUGGCCAAACUGAAGGAGAAGGAACGUCUUGAGAAGGAGCGACUCGAACAACUUAAGCAAAAGGAACUGCAGCGUCUUAAUGACGAACGCCGGCGAGCCGAGAAGCAACAGGAACAUCGUCAGAAUGCCGCCGCCCAGGAGAAGACGCCGAUUUUCUCCUCACCCAUGGUCACCAUUUCAGGCGGUUCGGUAGGUGGCGGUGCAGCCAGUUUACCCCAAUCGCCAGCUGUCGGUUCGACAACUCUACGACCUCCAUUCCAGGAUGAACAGGAGCAACUGGGUUUGCAGAAGAGCAGCUCCAGUGGUAUGUUCGGUGAUCGCCUGCGUCGCGGCUCAGCCGAUGCCAAUGUGAAACGAGCCGAGAGCAUGAAGGUUCAGCCCAAGCAACCCAAACGUACGCCAUCAUUCACCACCCGCCGUCGCGCUCAAUCAUUCCGUAAGAAUCAGAAGGGCGAAGGAUUCGAUUUGCCCUCUGUUGAGAUUCAGGGCAUGCUGGAGCGUAAGCAUGGCCUACAAUCUGGUGGCAAGAAGGCACCGGUUCGAUCCUGGAAACAAUUCCAUACGGUACUAUGCGGUCAAUUGGUUUGCUUCUUCAAGGAUGAGAACGAUUUCCUGCAGCAGAAGACAGCAACGGCUCCGGUUAACAUUCUGGGUGCCAAAUGCGAACGUGCCGACGAUUAUACCAAGAAGAAGUACGUUUUCCGUCUGAGAUUGCCCGAUGGUUCCGAAUUCCUAUUCGAAGCUCCCUCACUGGACAUCAUGAACGAUUGGGUACGCAAGAUAUCCUUCCACGCUAGUCUGCCACCAAACCUACAGCUGCUCAGCUACGAUGAGUCAAUGAAGCAACAAUCGAGUAGCUCACCGGACAUCAAGGUGACCAGCAGCGUUGAAUCGCCUGUCAGUUCACGUAACUCCUCACCCGAUUCCCAGCGUCGUGCCAGCAGUGGCCAGACAUUGGAUAGCACUGCCACACCCCAGAUGGCCUUCCUGCAGCGACAAAUGCAGCAACAACAACAGCAGCAAUCCCAACCCAGUUCGCCUAGUUCACCGACAAGUGUGGGCUUUGAUCAGAAACCACCAAUACCACCACGUGGUGGCCCACCAGUAGCCAGCAAUCGUCAGAGCCAGGAGAAUCUAGUUGUUCUACGCCAACGCCAAAGUUCAAGCAAUGAUCUGUCCGAAGGCCGCCUACAACAAUCCGCCACUUUACCCGCCGGUCUGACUGGAGUACAACAGAAUGGCAGCAGCAAGGAUGACAGCAUCGUACUGAAACGCAAUAGCGAAGCCCGACAAUCGGAUAAUCCGCCGCCAUUGCCAACAACGAUGCCGCCUUUAGGCAGUCAGCAACAUCACCAUCAGCAUAGUCAUCCGCCACCACAUCAUCAACAGCAUCAGCAUCAGCAUCAACAUCAGGCUCAAGUGCAGCAGCGUAUCAAUGCAUUCAAUGCAGUGGCCAAUCAGCAGCAACAACAACAACAGCCGGAAUACUAUAACAACAAUGUGAUUAGACAUCAGCAACAACAACAGCAGCAACAGCAACAACAUCAUCACUUGGCAUCGCCACAACGUGUACCUUCUGGACGUAUUGAUAGUACACGUAAAUUUAUUGAAAUGGAGGCACAUUCAUCGGGUACAAAUGGAAACUCCACUACCAACAGCAGCAGCAGCAGCAGCAACAACAACAGCAGCAACAGUAGCACCACAAAGCGGACAAUUAGUUACUCUAGCAGUGGAGCAAGCAGCAAUGGCAAUGGUAAUAUCUCAACGUCAACAACAACAACAACGACAAUUACAAUAACAACGACACAACAACAACAACAACAACAACAUAGCAGCAGUCGCACAGUUUGGCAUCUAACAUCGGGGUCACCAACAUCAUCAACAAAAUCAUCAUCAAUAAUCGGCUCAGGCGAGCCUAACAAUGCCAUCAGUAAUCCAAGCUAUAUGGGUCUGCAUUUGAAUAACAAUAAUGAAUCAAUUGGAAUUGGUGGCUGGGGCAAUACACGCUUUGAGAGCAAUCGACCCGUCUCCUUGCAACCCGAUUCCAUUAGCUUCUCGCGCGUUUCGGCCGAAAGCUCUAGCGAAAGUGAAGCUCAAUCCAUUUCCUCCGUAUCCGGCAUUAAGGGUAGUAAAAAUAAAGAAGAGCGUCGCAGUGGCAUGUUCCGCAUAUUUGGACGCAAAGGCGACAAGGAGAAGGAAAAGGAGAAGGAUAAACGUCGCUCCAGUCAAACACCGCCACAGUAAAAGAAAAAAAGAAAACAAAGAAACACAUAUAGCGACAAAUCAGUAAAUUUAUUUCAUUUCGGACGAUAUUUUGAAUAAGCAUCCACCAACAGCUAACAAAAACAACAAAAAAGCCAACGAAAAAAAGAAAGGAAAUAGUAAAUAAUAACACUAUAUUUCAUUCGUCUCGUCGCCUGUCCCGAUUUAUUUUUUUUUUUUUAUAUUUAUA